AUAAUGAUUUAUUUAUGUAUAAAUAAAAUCCAUAAGAAAAUAAAUAAUUAUAAGUAGAUUAAUACAUGUAUUCUGUUGUAUUGAAAGAUGUAUAUUAUUAUUUAAUAAAUUAUACUCUUAAUUGUCCAGCUCGAUGAGCUGCUAAUGGUGACGAUGCUGUUGGCGGUAAAUGCACCGAGUCACUUAUUGUUGUGAAAUUUGAUUUUUUAAUAAUUGAAAAUCUUCUCCACCAUACUACGAUGGCAAAAAAAAUUCCACAAAUGGCAAUUGAAACUUUGUUUGGUAAAAGAAAAAAAAAUGCGCAGACGAGAGAUAACUGAUAAAUGACAUACUGACACACAUGUAUAUAUGUAAUCAAGAGUGAUAGAGGGGAACAAGAGAAUAUAUCUGCAAAAAAUUAAAAUUAGUUACGAUUCAAUAGUCGUUUUGAUUGGACUUAAUUUUUUUUGGAGUUGAAAAAUUGUUACUUAUUUGAAAGAUGGCUAAGAAUGAAAAAAUUGGAAUAAUUGGCAGUGGUCUUAUUGGACGUAGUUGGGCUAUGUUAUUUGCCAGUGUUGGGUAUCAAGUAACUGUUUAUGACAUCGUACAAGAACAAAUUAAUAAUGCAUUAGCAGAUAUUAAUCAACAGCUAAAAAAACUUGAGUCUGACGGAUUACUUCGAGGUAGUCUUACUGCAAAACAACAAUUUGAGCUUAUAAAAGGUACAUCAAGCUUGUCUGAAGUUGCUAAAGGAGCGAAGCUUAUACAAGAAUGUGUUCCAGAAAAUUUAGAAUUAAAAAAAAAGUUGUACGGAGAAUUAGAUAAGGUUGUAGACGAUAAUACAAUUUUAUCUUCAUCCACUUCUACAUUUAAACCAUCGUUGUUCAGCGAAAAUCUUAAACAUCGUGCUCAAGUUAUCGUAUCACAUCCUGUAAAUCCACCUUAUUACGUGCCUCUUGUAGAAAUUGUACCAAGUCCAUGGACGCGUUCUGAUAUUCCUGAGAAAACCAAAGCUAUUAUGACAGAAAUUGGUCAAGCACCAGUGGUAUUUACUCGAGAAAUUGAUGGAUUUGCUUUGAAUAGAAUACAGUAUGCUAUUCUCAAUGAGGCCUGGAGACUUGUGACUGACGGAGUUAUCAGCGUCAAAGACAUUGACACUGUUAUGAGUGAAGGUUUAGGAAUGCGUUAUGCAUUUUUAGGUGCAUUCGAAGCAGCUCAUCUCAAUGCAGAAGGUAUGAAGAAGUACUGUGAAACUUAUAAUAAAUCAAUUUAUGAUGUAAGUCAAACAUUUGGACCAAUACCAAAAUUCGUUGGAGCUGCUGCUGAUAAUAUUUCAAAACAGCUUGAAGAAAUUUGUCCACUGGAUAAAUUACAAGAACGUCGAGCGUGGAGAGACUUAGCUCUUACGAAAUUAUCCAUUUUAAAGAAAGAGCUUAAAAAUAAGUAAUAAAUAAAAAAGAAUUUUCAAAUCCUACGCCUGUGAGAAUAUUCUUACAUUAUUUUGUUAGUGAACUUGAUGUAACUUUGUAAAUAUGUAUAACUUUUGGAAAACUAAUUCAAGGAAGUAAAAGUGAUUGUUUGGGUUUAA